CAAGGGCAGUUAUAGUGCAAAAAGAAUUUAGCCAGCUAUGGAACUUGCCCAUAGUUUGCUAUUAAAUGAAGAGGCUUUGGUUCAGAUCACUGAAGCAAAGCGACCAGUUUUUAUCUUUGAAUGGCUACGGUUUCUUGAGAAGGUGCUUGUAGCUGCUAACAAGACAGAUGUAAAAGAAAAACAAAAAAAACUUGUUGAACAGCUAACAGGUCUUAUCAGCAGUUCUCCUGGACCACCAACAAGGAAAUUACUUGCUAAAAAUCUUGCUGCUCUAUACAGUAUUGGAGAUACUUUUACUGUCUUUCAAACACUUGAUAAGUGUAAUGAUAUCAUCAGGAGUAAAGAUGAUACUUCUGCCUAUUUACCAACCAAACUUACUGCAGUGGCAUGUGUUGGAGCAUUUUAUGAGAAAAUGGGGAGAAUGCUGGGCAGUUCUUUUCCUGAAACAGUUAACAAUCUCUUAAAAUCUUUGAAAAGUGCUGAGUCACAGGGACGGAGUGAAAUAUUAAUGAGUUUACAAAAAGUCUUAAGUGGCCUGGGUGGUGCAGCAGCUUCUUGCCACCGUGAUAUUUAUAAGAAUGCCCGGUCUCUCCUGACAGACAGAGCUAUGGCUGUGCGCUGUGCAGUAGCAAAGUGUCUACUAGAACUGCAAAAUGAAGCUGUGUUUAUGUGGACAGCAGAAUUAGAAAACGUAGCAACUCUUUGUUUUAAAGCUCUGGAAAACUCAAAUUAUGGUGUACGAGUUGCAGUAUCCAAACUUUUGGGGACAGUUAUGGCUACAGCACUGAUACCAAAGCAAGCAGCAGUGAUGCGCCAGAAUGUGAAAAAAGCUACAUUGGAAGAGGUUUUAGAACUCAUGGCCACUGGUUUUCUGCGGGGAGGAUCUGGAUUCUUAAAAAGUGGUGGAGAGAUGUUAAAAGUAGGAGGAUCUGUUAAUCGAGAAGUGCGAGUUGGGGUUACUCAGGCCUAUGUUGUCUUUGUCACAACCCUAGGAGGUCAGUGGCUGGAACGCAAUUUUGCAACCUUCUUGUCUCAUGUACUGGAUUUGGUUUCUCAUCCUCGUGCAACUCAAACCCACGUAGAAGCUGUCUACUCUCGAAGAUGUGUUUCUUUUAUCCUCAGAGCAACAGUAGGAAGUUUAUUGGGAGAGAAAGCACAGAUUGCUGCUGCUAAAGAUAUUUGUCAAGCUAUCGAUAAACAGAUGAAGGCAGUAGAAACAGUUGUGAAUGAUGCUAAUGUUGAAAACAAAUCAGGAGCAGCAGAAGUUGCAGCAAGUCAACAUGUAAUGGUUUGUGCUCUUCAAGAGCUUGGAAGUUUAGUUCAGAGCCUGAAUGCCACUGCAUCACCACUUAUACAGGAACCUUCUAUAGGAUUGCUUGAGACUGUUACUUCAGUUCUUCUCCAUCCCAGUAUGGCUGCUCGACUUGCUGCAGCAUGGUGUUUGCGCUGCGUGGCUGUAGCUCUGCCUUUCCAGUUGACUCCUUUAUUGGACCGGUGUGCAGAAAGGCUUAACAACCUGAAGACCUCCCCAGAAGCUGUUAGUGGGUACAGUUUUGCAAUGGCUGCUUUGUUAGGUGGAGUUCAUCAAUGUUCUCUGGGUAUCCCUCAUGCCAAAGGAAAGAUGGUUGUUAGCAUUGCUGAGGAUCUCUUACGGACUGCUGCACAAAACAGCAGGCUGUCCUUACAGCGAACCCAGGCUGGGUGGCUUUUGCUGGGUGCUCUAAUGACUUUAGGUCCUUCAGUUGUCCGCUACCAUCUUCCUAAAAUGUUAUUACUGUGGCGAAAUGUGUUUCCCCGUUCUCUAAAGGAAUUGGAAGCUGAAAAAGCUCGUGGAGAUUCCUUUACAUGGCAAGUAACACUGGAGGGACGUGCAGGAGCUCUCUGUGCUAUGAGGAGUUUCGUUGCCCACUGUCCUGAGCUUCUAACAGAAGAUGUUAUUCGGAAACUGAUGGCACCUAUAGAAUGUGCUAUGACAAUGAUGUCUCACAUUCCUUCUGUAAUUAAAGCCCAUGGAGCACACCUGAAGGCAAGUGCAGCAAUGGUUCGAUUAAGGCUUUAUGACAUUUUGGCUUUGUUACCACCAAAAACAUAUGAAGGAUCUUUUAAUCCACUGCUUCGGGAGCUGGUGGCAGAAUUUACUCUGACAGACAACUCUGCUAAUACAACCACAUCCCUGCUUAGAUCACUUUGCCAUUAUGAUGACAGUGUUCUUCUUGGCUCCUGGCUGCAGGAAACAGACCAUAAAUCAAUUGAAGAUCAGCUCCAGCCCAACAGUGCCUCAGGAAGUGGUGCCCUAGAACAUGAUCCCUCCUCCAUUUACCUGCGCAUCCCAGCUGGAGAAGCGGUGCCAGGCCCUCUUCCACUGGGAGUAUCAGUCAUUGAUGCCUCAGUGGCUCUGUUUGGAGUUGUUUUCCCUCAUGUGUCCUACAAACACAGGCUACAGAUGUUGGAUCAUUUUGCAGAAUGCAUCAAACAGGCAAAAGGUGUUCGUCAACAAGCGGUGCAGCUUAAUAUUUUUACUGCUGUCCUCAGUGCACUAAAGGGCUUAGCUGAAAACAAAAGUACCUUAGGACCAGAAGAAGUCCGCAAGUCUGCUUUGACUCUUGUAAUGGGAGCGCUUGACAACCCUAAUCCCAUUUUGAGAUGUGCUGCAGGAGAAGCUCUGGGCAGAAUGGCACAGGUGGUCGGAGAAGCAACUUUCAUUGCCAGGAUGGCUCAGUACAGUUUUGAUAAGCUGAAAUCUGCUAGAGAUGUUGUAUCAAGAACUGGCCAUUCUUUGGCUCUUGGCUGCCUGCAUCGUUAUGUUGGUGGAAUAGGUUCUGGGCAGCAUCUGAAAACCAGUGUCAGCAUUCUGUUAGCGCUGGCACAAGAUGGAACCUCUCCUGAAGUUCAGACGUGGUCUCUCCAUUCACUUGCUCUAAUAGUGGAUUCUAGUGGACCGAUGUACCGUGGAUAUGUAGAGCCUACCCUUUCUUUGGUCCUUACUUUACUUCUGACAGUGCCUCCAUCCCAUACAGAGGUACACCAAUGUUUGGGUCGAUGUCUAGGAGCUAUAAUAACCACUGUUGGUCCUGAGCUGCAAGGUAAUGGAGCUACCAUUUCUACCAUCCGUUCCUCAUGUCUGGUGGGAUGUGCAAUUACACAAGAUCAUUCUGACUCUCUUGUUCAAGCAGCUGCCAUUUCUUGUCUCCAGCAACUUCACAUGUUUGCGCCACGGCACGUUAACCUUUCCAGUCUUGUUCCCAGUCUUUGUGUACAUCUGUGCAGCUCCCACCUGCUUCUACGUAGGGCUGCAGUAGCAUGUCUGAGGCAGCUUGCUCAAAGAGAAGCAGCAGAAGUAUGUGAAUAUGCCAUGAGCUUAGCAAAAAAUACUGGAGAGAAAGAAAAUAACGGCACAAAUAUUAAUCCUUUUGCUCUAGGACUUGGCUCACGAAGAGAUAGUCAUGGCAGACAUCAAGGAAUUAAUAUAACAGAGACGGGACUUGAAGGAGUUCUUUUUGGAAUGUUAGAUCGUGAGACUGAUCGGAAGUUGUGUUCUGAUAUUCAUGAUACCUUGGGCCAUAUGCUUUCAUCUCUGGCAGUGGAAAAGCUCUCUCACUGGCUAAUGUUAUGUAAGGAUGUGCUCGCAGCAUCCAGUGAUAUGACAACUACAGUUCCAUUAGGAGGUGAAAAGGAUGAAGAUUUGGAGAAGAAAGAUGAAAUGGAUGAUGAUACAAUGUUUACUACAUUGGGUGAAGAAGACAAAUCAAAGCCUUCUGUGGCUCCUCGCUGGGCAACUCGAGUCUUUGCUGCAGAUUGCUUGUGUCGAAUUAUCAUGCUCUGUGAACAUGCAAACAAAGCCCACUUUGAUCUAGCUCUAGCCCGCUCUGCCAAACUUAGAGACCCUAAAAAUGAUCUUCUAGUGCUUCAUCUCUCAGAUCUUAUUCGCAUGGCAUUUAUGGCUGCAACUGACCACAGCAACCAGUUGCGAAUGGCUGGUCUCCAAACACUUGAAGAUAUUAUCAAGAAAUUUGCAGCUGUUCCUGAACCAGAGUUUCCAGGCCAUGUGAUUCUAGAACAGUAUCAGGCUAAUGUUGGGGCUGCUUUAAGGCCAGCUUUCUCACAGGAUACCCCUUCAGAUAUAACUGCAAAAGCUUGCCAGGUAUGCAGCACUUGGAUUGGAAGUGGAGUAGUAAGUGACCUUAAUGACCUUCGGCGUGUUCACAACCUCCUUGUCUCUUCUUUGGACAAAGUACAAACAGGAAAAGGGUCUUCCAGCCAGCUUUAUAGGGAGAGUGCUACUACUAUGGAAAAACUGGCAGUACUCAAAGCCUGGGCAGAGGUAUAUGUUGUGGCUAUGAAGAUUAAAAAAGAAGCAGAGACCAAACCAAAGAAAGCAGUAAAAAAUGGAGGAGAUGAUGACGAUGACGAUUAUGGCACAGUAGAUGAGCUGCCACCAGACAGUUUAAUAACACUUGUUCAACCAGAGUUGCCCACUCUGAGCCGUCUCUGGUUAGCCGCCCUUAAAGACUAUGCCCUUUUGACAUUACCAGCUGAAUUUGCAAGUCAGCUUCCUCCAGAUGGUGGAGCAUUUUACACUCCUGAGACAAUUGAUACAGCUAGACUGCAUUAUCGGAAUUCAUGGACUCCAAUUUUACAUGCGAUUGCACUAUGGCUGAACAGUACAGGGUUUAAUGCCUGUGAAGCAACAGAAGAUGCAUCAUCAGCAACACCUCCACAAAAGCAUGCCACAUCCAUAAUGUUAAACCCAGCAUCAGAAACGCCACCUUCCACCAAAACUUUGCAAGAAAUAAAUAAAGAUAGAAUGCACUUGAUUUUGGGUAUUAGCAUACAGUUUCUCUGUUCUCCUCGACCAGAAGAGCCUGUUGAACAUGUUAUGUCCUGUUUGCAAGCACUGCACACUUUACUAGAUUCCUCUUGUGCUAGAACCCAUAUUGCAGAAGAUCAGCUGCUUGGCGUUGAACUUCUGAGUGUGCUGCAUCGACUCUUGUUGACCUGCAAUCCUCCUUCAGUCCAACUCUUAGUUACAGAAGUUGUGCAACAGAUUGUAAGAGCUGCUCAGGAUCAUUUACAAGAAAAAAGGAAUACUUUGAAUGAAGACGACGCAAAAGAAAAAGACAGCUGUGGGCUGGGUGAAGGAGGAGACAGCGGUGGUCUUGUGCCAGGAAAAUCUCUUGUAUUUGCUGCUAUGGAACUGCUAAUGUUUAUCCUCGUGCGACACAUGCCACAUCUGAGCACAAAAAUGUCAGAUUCUCCAAGUCAUACUUUCAGCAGAACCCAGCUCCCAGAAGAAAGUGCUCGUCUCGUGGCUGCCACUGUUGCCAUCCUGUCCGAUCUACCCACUCUUUGUUCCCCAGCUGGAUCCAUGACUAUAUUGCCCACUAUCCUAUUUCUAAUAAUACAAGUGUUGAAAGAUACUGCUGUAAAAACGGUGGGAAAUCAGGUCCUACCACCAGUCAGUGCAGCACUUCAGGGAUUGAAAAACAUAGUAACCCUUCCAAUGACCAUGAAUGAGAAUAUUCAUAAACAGUGGACAAAUCUUAUCCGUAGCACCCUAGCCUCAAUCUUGGAAUACUCUCAGCCAGAAGCCUCCAAGCCUACUUUAGAUGAAGUAAGUAUGCUUACGGCUAUUACACUCUUCCUUUGGUCUGCAAGCACUGAAAUCAUUGGAGUGCAAGCAUUACAGAAUGGCUGCAUUAACAGAUUUAGAAUAGCACUGAAUUCAUCUGAUCCUUGGGUUCAAGCCAAAUGUUACCAUCUUCUACUUUCUAUAUUUCAACACACAAAUCGUGCCCUCUCUACCCCAUAUAUACAUUCCCUGGCACCAAUAAUGGUUGAGAAACUGAAAAGUGUGGAGAAGAACCGUCCAAACAGCAAAACAGAACUCUUAGCAAUCCAGGAAGGAAUUAAAGUUCUUGAAACACUGGUUGCUCUUGGUGAGGAACAUAAUAGAGUGCAAUUGCUCGCUCUUCUUGUUCCUACUCUCAUAUCUUACCUACUGAAUGAAAAUGCAUUCUCUUCUGCAUCCCUGGUAUCAAAAGAACUUCACGAGUUUGCCCUCCAAGACCUAACCCGCAUUGGACCCCUCUAUCCUCAUGCAUUUAAGACAGUAAUGGGAGCAGCUCCUGAACUGAAAGCACGGCUGGAAAUCGCAGUACGAGCAAGUCAAGCAAGCAAAGCAAAGGCAGCUGCCAGGCAACCACCACCCACAGUACAUUCCACUCCAACCAUUAAACUUAAAACUAGCUUUUUCUGAUUCUCGUUGGAACAAUCACAAACACAGUCAUCAAGAAAUACAUCAUUCCUUCUGUGCUCCUUUAUCUCAUUCUCUGUAUUUCUCAUUGUUUGUCAACAGGCUCUACAUUAGCAAUUCGUGUUUCUAGGGGGUUGGUAUGUUACGGUUUGAAAUCUGUGCAUUACAAGGAAGGUAAUAUCUAUAUGUACAUAGAUUUUAAUGAAAUGAAAUAAGUUGAUCAUGCAUCUGAGGCUGUGUUAAACUAUCUCCUAUAACAAUG